AUGGACCAUACCAAGGCAGUGGACGAUGCCACCACGCCCCCUCAACUGGACAAGAAACGACAAGUAAAGUACUGGACGAGAUGUGUCAAAACACUACUACCAUUCCACUACAUCGGACUGGACAGCAACCGGAUGUACAUGGGCUAUUUCAUCCUCGCAGCAUUAGACCUUCUGGAUGUCUUGGAGACAGUAUGCAGCGAGACUGAAAGGCGGGACUUUGCAGACUGGAUAUAUAGUUGCCAGAGUGUCGACGGAGGAUUUAAGAUGUGGCGAGGGACUGAUUUUGGGGAUCAAACCAAUGAUCUAAACCGCAAGUGGGAUCCGGCGAAUGUGCCUGCGACGUACUUUGCGCUUGUGGCGCUGCUCGUGCUUGGAGAUGAUUUCAAGCGGGUAAAGAGGAGAGAGACACUGCAUUGGCUGAGGAAGAUGCAGCGGCCUGAUGGAUCUUUUGGUGAGACGCUUGUGAACGGCCAGAUUGAAGGUGGCAGAGACCCAAGAUACGGGUAUUGUGCCACUGGAGCUCGUUACAUUCUGAGAGGCGCGAGAUCGGGACCCCUAACUCUCGACGGCGAAGAUAUUCGAGAUAUUGAUGUGGACGCGUUCGUUGAGUGCGUUAGGCUGGCUGAGGCGUUCGACGGAGGGAUCGCAGACCAGCCUUACAAUGAACCCCAUGCCGGCUACACAUACUGCUCCCUCGGCGCUCUGAACUUCGUCGGCCGUCUCCAGAAAGCAGACCUCCGGCCUUCACAGCUAUCUUCGCGGUACGGCCCCUCAAAUCCCCAAGAAGUCGUCCGAUGGCUCGUCCAACGCCAAACCGAACACAUCGACCCCGACGCCAGCAUCGACUCAGAUACCAUCGGCUCAAACCGAACCUCCAAAGUCACAGACCGCGAGCUUGAGAACAUCCUCCCAAACAACCACGGUGCCCCUCCCAACAGCGAGCAAACCCCUUCCCAAACCGCACCGCCCGACCAUUCCUUCACCAGCGCGGCUGCAGCAAAAUCACAAAUCCGCAAACCCUCCUACACCCCCCAACCCUCAACCCUCCCAGACCAUGACUCUGCAACCACAGCAAUAUGCGCCGGCAUGAACGGCCGCGUGAACAAGACCGCCGAUACCUGCUAUGCCUGGUGGUCCGGCGCCUCCUUCCACGUCUUGGGGCAGCCGAAGCUCUACAAUCACGCCGCUGUGCAGAACUACUUACUCGAGAAGACACAGAAUCCUGUCUUGGGAGGUUUCGGGAAAUUUCCGGGCGAUGCGCCGGAUCUGUACCACAGCUACCUGGGCCUGACCGCGUUGAGUUUGGUCGGAUGUGAGGGGGUGAAGGAGGUGGAUGCGGGGAUGUGCGUUAGUCGGAAUGCUAAAGGGAGGUUGAAGGGGGUGUGGGAGAGGUGGGGUGUCGAGGGGUCCUUGAAUUGA